AUGCGCCCUAUGGGAACUCUUGAUGACGAAUACGUGGAGAAAAUUCUUUCAGGGAAUACACACCAUCUUGUAAUGUUGAUGGACAUACUAUUCCGAAAGAACUAUAUCCAGCCAAAAUCUAGAAUUAUUAAUAUUUCGAGCGUCUCGGGCCGUAAGAUUCCAUUUGCGGCAAUGUAUCUCGUAGGCGCUACCAAGGCGACUAUGGAAGCCCUGACACGAACUUGGGCUGAGCUGCUGGGAGCACAUCCUAAUACAGCGGGAACCACUGUCAAUGCACUCUUGGUAGGGGCGACUGCGACGGAUGCACUUUUGGAGAAUGCUCCUCUUGAGCUGACAGAACGAGCUGCGACAGUCCUCAAGACUGGAGAACCGAUCCUCGGGCCUAUGGGUAUGGGUCGACCUGAAGACGUUGCGGACGUUGCUGGCUUAAUAGCUAGUGAGAAGGCUCGUUGGAUCACGGGUGGAGUUGUCUGCGCGAAUGGGGGCUACUUCAGUAUCAUUUAG